AUGAAGGCAUAUAUCACGGUGUCUACAACCGUUUUAUUAUCUUUUAAACCAAACAACCUUCUACAAGGUGUGAUGGCCAGAUUUGAGUUGAAGGAACAGAAAAAAGUAAAAUCGGACAUCGAAGGCCCAAACAUGAUGAAGCUGGGGUUAUAUCUGACGUUAUUGUUUCUGUCGGUGUGGACAGUAUCCGGAGAGCCGUUCAAAUGUACCAAUAUAUGUGGAAAAGGAGCUAUUAUAAUCGCUGGGGUAGCCUACUGUUGUCCUCAAGGUUACAAACCGAUGAUCAGAAGGAAAAUGGAGGACGCUUUCAUGGCCACGGAUUGUGACUGUCUAUUUAUGAUGCCGGCUGGACAAGGAAUGUAUGCACAGUAUCCACAAGCUCCUAAUCAAGGAUCAUUCAUCGUGCAGCAACCACCUCAGGCUCCUGCUGUUGCUGUUGCCCCUGCAGCUGCCACAGUUCAAGUAGUUGCUCCUGCCCCAACUGUUGUAGCAGCACCACCAGCAGCACCACCACCACCUCCACCAGUAGUCAAAGUUGCUCCUCCUGCACCCAGACUUCCAACUUACAAACCCAUGUACCAAAUGAUCCGACAGCAGCCCAUGCGUCAACAAAGAACCUGGUAUCAUCGACCAGCACCAACAUAUGCUGCGCCAACCAAAUCAACCAAACCCAAACAUGAGUUUUUCAAAUUUCUAGAUGACUUUUUAAGCAAACAGGGCUACCGAGGAGGCAAUCGAGGGUAAAUUAAACACCUUGGUUUGGGACUGUAUCUAAUAAUAAAAAGUAGUACAAUAUUCUUUUAGUUGUUAACUUAAGCAAAAAUAAAGCCUCAUAUGUAGGAGCUAUAAAGCCCUCCACCAAAUGAACUCAUGGAUUGGGAUGCCGAGUGAUAAUCACUAUUCCAGAGUAGCGUCAUGUGUUCUGCCAUCAUAAUUAUUACUGGAUAAAAAGUCAAGAGCUGAAAUCUAAUAGGUUGCAGAAUGACCCCCAGGGCAGCCUUGACCCGGGUUAUAACCACUGGAGGUCAAUAUAAUUCAUGCAUAAGCCACAGGGUCGAACUAUAAAACAACAAUGGUGGUGGUUGAUGUUAAUGUUAAGACUAUUAUAUGAGAAAAUGUAAACGUAGCCAAUAAAUAAUCACGCGAUCGAUUGUGAUCAGAUAAAACGUAAUAAAAUUAUCAUAUACGGCUGUGCCUCUGGGCCUUUUUAUUAAUUUUUAUUUAAAAUCUUACAACCAAUUAUUGUUGUUGAAAGUAUAUUAUAUCUCAAUGUAAAAUUGAUUCCUCCCACUUCAGAUAAAAUGAUAUCGUCGCAAU